AUGUGUGGCAGGGAGCUCCGGCCCACCGAGGAGGAAUCCACCAACUCCUUCAUCUGCCUCCUGAAGAAGAUGAAGGAAGUGCGAUUGAUGGAGAAGGUCGUGGAAGAGAAAGAGGAGGCCUUCACUGAGAGGAUGGAGGCCCUYGCUGAGCAGUGGAAGGAGCUGCACGCCAAGAGGGCCCAGCUGAAAGCACACGUGGAGAAAUCGGGGAGCACUGUCAAGGAGAACGAAAGGCUGCGAACCCAAGCUCUGAAGAAAGCCAAAGAAGAGAAAGUGCAGAAUACMGAAAAGGAGAGUGAGCUCUUGAAAGCUAGGAGGGAACUGGAAGACCUCAAAAAACAGCACCACAAACUCUCCAAAAAACUGCUGAAGUACUCCCUGUUCAAGAGGUACCUGGAGGAUGUGGUGAACAAUUCCCAGUUCCGUGACAUCGAGGACGUCAUCUCCUUCUACAAGGCCCUGGUGAGGACUCGCAAGGACCUGGUGCAGUCGCAGUGGUGGCACCGGCAGCUGACRGAGCAGGCCAAGGUCCUGCUGCAGCAGCACAGGGCAGAGAAGGACGCCGAGAUGCAGCGCUGCAAGAAUGACCUGGUGAAGCUCAAAGAGUCCUUUGAGCAGGCCCAAAGUGACAUCGCCCAGUGGGAGAAUCGCUGGGCUGAAAUUCAGGAUAGGGCUGCCAGGAAAGCCCUGGAGCUGAAAUCSCUCAACAUGGCCAUCCACAGCCUGUUCCAGGCCGCCAGCAAUCGCCUCAAGUCCAAGGUGAAGGUGGCAGCUGAGGACAUCCACGUGCAGCUGGACAUGAUCCUGCAGUUUAUCAAUGACCUGCAGGACUUCUCGGAUGACAUGAACAAGCGCAGGCCAACUCAGUGAGGCCCUGCCCUGCCCGCGAGGGAGCAGCAGGGUGGRCAGGGGACGGAGAGGGCAAGACAACCCUGCACACAUUGUAGACUAAAACAAAUAGCAAAUGUUCAGAGGCAUCUCUUCAUUUUCUGCUGACCUUCCUUGCUCUCCUGGGAGCCCAAAUACCCAGCAGCAGAAGAGGGAGAAGAAGCAGGAGGGACUGAGCCCUGCGUGGCCCUCAGGGGUCCCAGAGGCUGGAGAGGGCUCACAGGGACACURAGGGUGCCACCAAGAGCUGCUGCCCACUCUGGAAGAGUCAGCUCCUGACUCAUCCUGGAGCACAGAGGAUGCUGUGCCUUUGUGCCCUUGCAUUUCAUCUCAGCUGUGACAUUUCUAAAGGGACAGCAUCAUCCACACCCUCCCAACAGAUGACUCAGCUGUCCCCUCCCCAGCCACCCACGGCCACCCUGCCACCCACUUGGGUGCCUCUCAGCCGUGGCAGGUGACAGGAGCUGGUGGGAGAG